AUGAGUAUCUUUCGAAUAGCUGUGAAUGCUCUGGGCCAUGCAGAUCCUGAUUGGCUUCAACCUGUCACUGACCAAGCUGCUCUACUUGCCCAUGUCAGCAAUGUCUAUUACACCAUUCCUCAGACUGAACUCUCUAAACGCCUUGUGGCAAGUUCUUUCGCAGAGCGUGUAUUCUCCUGUAACUCAGGAACUGAAGCCAACGAAGCAGCCAUUAAGUUUUCUAGAAAGUUCCAGAGAUUCACCCAUCCUGAAGACAAAGAAGUAGCCACAAGCUUCAUCGCCUUUACGAAUAGUUUCCAUGGUAGAACCUUAGGAGCUCUUGCAUUAACAAGCAAAGAACAGUACAAAACUCCUUUCGAACCAAUCAUGCCAGGCGUUACAUUCUUGGAAUACGGUAACUCUCAAGCAGCCACUGAUCUUAUCCGCUCGGGUAAAAUAGCUGAUGUGUUUGUGGAGCCUAUUCAAGAAGAAGGUGGGGUUCACUCGGCUACAAAAGAGUUUCUCCAGUCUCUUCGCUUAGCUUGUGAUGCUGCAGGAUCUCUUCUCGUCUUCGAUGAGGUACAUAUCAUAUGUGGUUUGGGUCGAAGUGGUAACUAUGGCCUAUGGGCAUUUGAAGCAUUUGGUGUAACACCUGACAUAAUGACUGUCGCAAAGUCUUUAGCUGGUGGUUUACCAAUUGGAGUGAUGCUUGUGACUGAAAAAGUUGCUGAGACCAUCAAAUAUGGAGAUCAUGGAAGCAUAUUUGCAGGGAACCCUCUUGUGUGUAGUGCAGCCAUCGCUGUUUUUGAUAAAGUAUCUAAACCCUCUUUCUUGGCCAGUGUCUCGAGCAAAGGUUUAUACUUUAAGGAUCUGUUGGUCAAGAAACUAGGAGGAAACUUGCACGUGAAGAAAGUGAGAGGAGAAGGGCUUAUCAUAGGAGUGGAGCUUGAUGUGUCGGCAAGUCCAUUGGUGGAUGCAUGCUGUGGUUCUCGUCUUCUUAUCUUGAUCUUGACAGCGGGGAAAGGGAAUGUCGUCCCGCCGUUGAUUAUAGAGGAGGAGGAAAUCGGACGUGCGGUUGAGAUUAUGUUCCACAGUUUAACUACGCUUGACUGAGUAUUGAGGUUGAACAUUAGUCUGUGUUUUUAAAAGUCUAAUACUUUUCUUAAUUAAGCUCACGUCUAUCAGCAAAAUUGUUUGUCGCAAUUCAUAGCUCUUUUUUGUAUUUAAAAUGUAUUAGCUUUUCAGAGACAUAAUGCUACAUAUCUCCAAUUUAGUGUUCGUAAUUCCAUCAAAAACUUGUAAAUUCCCUCCAUAACUAAUGUCGGCAAACCCUAGAGGGGUGACUCCAAAGGCGAUCAAAUAUGGCGGCUCUCGAGAUCAAGAUUUCCUUUGAGAUUUUGAUCUUCACCUGAUCUGAAUGCUCUUUGGCGUUAGAUCACCUGGUUUCUUUCUAUUCCCUGUCUCUUUUCCGAUCGCUUAUUCACCAUCUCACUGGAAAAACCUUUCUUUUGGGUCUCAAGUAUUGAUUCCAUCGGAUAAAAGGAGAGCUUGUGAUCCUAAGAAGCAAAAUGGAUGAUCAAGAUGACUCCCACACAAUAAGAGAGUAUCAUAUGUCUCUCAUUGGAAAGGUUCUUAAUCCUAAGAAGCAAAAUGUUGAGAAACUUAUUCAAUACAUGCCCACUCAAUAAAAGAUGCAAGAUAAAAUCACAGCAAAUGAUUUUGGAAAGGGAAAAUAUUUGCUCAAUUUUUUAUCUGAGGAAGAUCUUCAAGCUGUUUUAAAACAAGGGCAUUUCCAUUAUAAUUUCUUUAUGUUCGUUUUGGUGUGUUGGGAACCGAUAGUUCACGAUGACUAUCCAUGGAUCAUACCAUUUUGGGUGGAGAUCACUGGAAUACCAUUGCACCUCUGGACAGUGAAGAACUUAAGAAACAUUGGAAGCAAGCUCGGACACAUCAACACUAUGGAGCUAUCUGCUGGACGGCUUCUGAUUGAUGUCGAUACAAGAAAGCCACUUGUGUUUACAAGGAAAGUAAAAUCACCUGAAGGAGAGGAAGUAACCAUCAAGAUCAACUAUGAGUUGCUAUUUAAACAUUGUUCAUUUGGUGGUAUGUUGACCCAUAAGGAGUCUUACUGCCCUAAGAAGAUGGAGUUCACGAGUGUUCAAUCAAGUGAGGCAAGAGUCUUUGCUCGUGUCCAACUACCUGCAGACAACCUCACACAGCUGAGUUUACAGUCGGUGCCAAGGGAACGUGAUAGCCAUAUUACUUGUAAGGAUUACACCUCGCGCAGGAAUUAUCAUGA